AUGUCGAUCAUCCGUACGGGGCUCUCCAAGCCUGUCCUUUUCGCAACAACAACCAUCCUUCUCUGCGCAUUAUGGGAAUGGCCUCGCCGCUGGUUUAUGUCUGGAGCGCCCCUCCUCCAAUACUUCUUUCUCGUCGGUGAUGCGAAUGGCUGCCGCGUCCUCCCAGCUUUCCAGCUCUGGCCGCUCUUAUCGACGUUCAACCUCCUCUACUCCAUCUCCUCAACAUCAUGGCUCCUCUACUGGGUCUUCACCUCCCUCUGCUACCCAGCCAUCUUCCUGGUGUGUUUAUUCCAGUUCAGCAUCGUCAGUGAUUUUGCACGUCGAAACUUGCGUGCCUUGUUGAAAGAACUGCAUUUCCUCGACGACAAAAUCGCCUUCUUCAACAUCCCCGCCCUGGAGAUCGACACAGAGGUUGACGGUCUCAUGGUUCUCCGCGGCAUCACAUUUUCUCUCUCUACGCUAAGCUUCGUCGUUCACGGCGUAGAAGUGGGUAUCAAGCUGAGCGAUGACAUGGAGCUGGCUAUUCAGACCGAGGAAGUGGUUGUCAAGCUGUUUCGGGGCAUUGAGAUUGGCGAUUGUUUUGCCAAUUUGAAGGGUGGGGAGUUUGAGAUGACUUUUGGCGCGCUGGAAGGCAAGAGUAAGGAUGCGGAGGGUGAGGCGAUGUUCAUCGAGGAAACGGCGCUACUCAGGGCUGCGAGUAUGGAGGCGGAUAAGAGGAGGCUGGGAAGUAUUGAUUCCGAGGUUACGCUUGUGGAUGGGAGUGGAAAUGGCAGUCCUAUAAUGUCGAAAGCUGGAUGUAAGGAAGGACAUGCAGCGAAGAUGACGGCUGAAAUGACAGGUGGGCAUAAGCCGAAGAAUUCAUCGAUUUCAGGGAGCUUUGACUCUGUCGAAAAGCUAUCUCCGGAUGAUGAGCAAGCCAGCGGGCGAUACCAGGAUAUCAUAGAUUUCUUGCAACAGACAAGUGCCAUUUCUGAGGCGAGGAUACAUGUCAGCGAGCGCAACAGAGAAGCAUCUAUUUCGGAGCAUAUGACUGGUUUCGAUGAAUCUGACGAUAACAACGUCCGAGCAAUGAUCUGUUCACAAGUCCACCGAACCCCAUCCGUACCGCACCCCCCAAAGAAAUCCAUCAAAGUUACGACGCUUCAAACUCUCGCUCCACCAUAUAUCUCCCGAUUCCUACAUCGCCUUCCGAUGCUAUACCGUCUUCUACUCAACCCACUAAGCUACUUCCAUCCAGUCCAUAUCUCAUCAAUCACAGCUACUGCUUCUGGCCGGUGGAUCGAGUCUAUGCUCGUCCUGAAGAUAUUUCAAGACUACGCCUCCCAAGAUAACGAAAUCAACAAUCUAAAACAGCGCGUCUCCCACUGGCUCUCCGACGCAAACUUCGCCAUUUCCCUCGCCGACAUCACAGGCUUGGCGCAAGUCCCGGUCGAUCCCUCCUACGACAUCAAUUGCCACCUCGCCAUCCAAGAUGUCAUGGCGUACCGCGCGCUGCCUCAUAGAUGCACUUUGAAACAAGUUGUAAGAUUAGGAGGAGCAGAUGCGCGCUUCCAAGUCCCUUCCUUCCUAUUACCUCACCACGAUCACUUAUUACCACCUGUACCAACAACAGAGAAGAAGCAUGAGCUCGAAGAGAGCAUUGACUCGGCAACGGGCAAGCCCCAAGAAAUCCAAGCCGAGCAAUCCCUCGAACAAGCCGAAAAAGACCAAACAAACGUCAAGAUGUCAGUUCACGCUCGCCUUCCCGCCUGCUUCGACCAAGAACUCCUCGAUUUCAUCGCCGCACUCAUCAAAGCUAGCAAAGUGGUCGAGGUCGAGAAGCAGGGGAGCGUGAUGGAUGAAGAGGUGCAUGGCAUCAAGGAGUUCAGCAAGGCGCUCAAAGGGGGCUUCAAGGAGGGGGUUAAGAAGGUGGUGGUUGAUGGGGUUGUAAAUGACAGGUGGAUUGCGAAGGUUGUGGGGAAGGUUACGAGGAAGCUUGAGGUGGCGAGGGGAGAAGCGGGGUAUUCUGGGGAUAUCCCGGUUCAGUUGGGUAUUUAUAGGACGGGGGAGGUAGAGAGGGAUGGGGAGAAGAUAUUACCGUAG